AACUCCUGGUUUAAGAUGGCGCAGGCGGCGGUCGCACAGCAACCCAAGUGAGGGCGCCAGGAGUGGGAUGUUCCUGGUGGAUUAUAGCAGCAGCGAGGAUGAGGAGGAGCAGAAAGAACAACACCCUCCAUCACUGCUGCGGCUGGGGGGCGGAGGCGGAGCUGCUGCCAGUGUGCCCGACCUGAAACCCCAGCGACUGCCCAUACCAGACAGUGUAAUGGGAAUGUUCAAGCAACUGGAGGAGCACGUGGAUGACAGCAGUGAACACGAUGGUCGAAUCCGCAGCUUUGCGCACCAACGAGGGAACUGGUCAACGCUUGUGUACUUGGAAUAUUAUCCUGAAGCGGAGUUUCUAGAACUUGUUGAUCUAUUACUGACGCACCUGCAAACGCAUAGGCUGCUUCUGACUCAGAUGACGGAGUUCCAUAUAAGUCUAUCACAUACAGUGGUGCUACGCCAUCACUGGAUAAGCAGCUUUGUGGAAUCCUUAAAGGAUAGGAUGACCUUUUUUGACAGGUUUUACUGCCUUUCAGACAAAGUGAAGAUCUACUGUAAUCAAGAGAAGACCAGGACCUUCCUUGGUCUAGAAGUUUCAGCUGGUGGUGACCAUCUCCUGGAAAUGGUCAAAGAAGUGGACAAGUCCCUGGAGGAGUUCAAUCUGAUAACUUACUAUAAGAACCCUUCCUUUCACAUUAGUGUGGCUUGGUGUUUGGGGGAUUCUACUGCUGAGCUUGAGAAACACCUACAGGAGUUGCAGGAAUUGGUGGAUACAUUUGAAAACAGUGCCAGGAUCCUUCAAAUGUACGCAGAUCAAGUUCGGUGCAAAACAGGAAACAAGGUUUUCUCUUUUCCCCUGCGAUAGCUGCUGAGAAGGGCUUGAUGAUGAGAUAGAAGUGGAUGACAGGUUGAAAGAGAAUUACAACAAGAAGCUCUGAAAACGGCCCUAUUCUUUUUCAGUCAACUGUUCAGUUAUAUAACGAUGAUAUCACCUCUUUACCUUUCAUGGAUCAUGCAUAGUGUCUAAUUCAUCAGUGCAUAAAUUAGUCCUUUGUUAAAAUAAAAACCACUGCAGUUUUAAAUGGAACAAAGAAGUGUGAAAAUAAGAUUGUCUUGAACUCAAAGCUGAAGUGAAACGGAUGAAUAUUAAUUUAAAAUUCAUCAUAUAAUGGGUUUAAGGUGAGGGUGCAGAGGUUUCAUAUGAACCCAAGGGACGCAGUUUUGACUUUGAUAUGGAAUGAGCUGACAAUGGAAUUGCUUGAAGCAGAUACAGGACGUAAACCAUAUUUAAAAACACUUGCAGAGCGUCAGAUAGGAAAGGUUUCGGGGGGGGGGGGAAUAUGGAUCAAACAAUGGCAAAAGGGACAAAGUUAGAUUGCAGUCAGGGUUAGCAUGGACCAGUUGGGCUGAAUGGCCUGUUUCUUUGCGGUAUGACUCUAAAAGCAGAGUUGCCUUUAUGUACAUAAUACGAUUAAGCCUAUUGCUAAAUUAUUACAGGUUUAAGUUCAGUUAUACUAUUUUCAGCAAAUGAACUACAGUUGUUUAACAAACUGACUCAAUGUUGCCUUUCCAAGGGUAGCUAAGGUUGUGACUAAUGACUAGCUUUUUGGAUGUUGAUCUCAUUCAAAGAGUGAACUUUAAAAAAAGCUGUGAAGUAGCUGAGCUUUACCGUAAUUUCUAUUUUUCCAAUUUCUAUUCAUUGUUGGCUUUUUAAAAACUAUUUUAAUGAUUUUGAUACUAAACAAAAGCUUGAAAGAAAUGAAGGUUUUAAUUGUUUAGUGUUGCAGACUUCUUAAUGUUUUUGAAUAAUAAAAAUACUUCUCAAUGUUGUUCUUGAAUAAUAAAAAUACUUUGUU